UAAUUGCAAUUAGACCCCAAAUCCUCUUCUUCCGCGAUUGUUUUCCCCUCUUCCCCGUUGAUACUUUUCCCAAGCGACAACUAAAUUCCAGUGGCCUGCAUCCUCAUCCUCCGCCACCAGCGUACCAAUCCGACUAUUGCUUGCAUCGUCGUUGCCCUGGAGACAACAAUACCACCACAACUACUUCUUCGAUUUCAACUCUUUCCCCCGUAGAAAUCUCUGGCAAUAACUUCUCGUCUGAAUUGCUAGCGGCCUCUCAACAUUAGCAACAACAACACUAUGGGUUCCCGUUGCUUCAGCAAUUGAGGCCCAGCCUACAAAGUAUAAAUACAUGGAACAGUAGAAUAAUCCCCAAUUCAAACUAUGCAGAGAGUUCAGUUUGCGAACUCGGUCCAGUCGACUCAGCCUAUUUAGAUGAGGCAGAAUAACAGGGGAAUUGGUGUUACACCUCCUGCUCCGCCGGCGGCGGCGGGUGGUGGCCAGGAGUCUGAGAAGAAGAAGAUGAAUCGGCUCCAUGAGUUGGAGAAGCAUCUUCUAGACGAAGAUGACGACGAGGAAGGAUCCGGCGGGGACACUGUUUUCGUUAUCACCAAUACCAACAGCAACUGGUCGGAGACGAUUCAAAAUCUCAUCUCAGCGUGCUUUUGGAUGAGGCUGCAAAUAAUUCGCGAACUGAUAAAUUAUGGAGCGCUAAUUAAUGAAUGAAGGAGCACAAAUUAUUACAAGCAGAAUUUCACUAUCAUAUUUUGUUGCCUUCUUGUAUUGGUUGGUGGGCGGAGGGAUCUGGGGUUUUUGUUGCUUUCUCAUAUUGCUUGGCGAGGCCAAUUAUAUUGACACAAUUCAAUGAUUACUUUAUUACUUUGAAGUUUCACAUUGAUCUAUCCUCAUGAUUCAUCGUCAACACUGUAUGUCCAUUGUUGCUUCCAUGCUCUGUUCACUUCGGUCGUCCGCAAUUGACUGGCGAUUGUAGCUUGAUAAAGUUCUUUCGACGCAAACAAUUCGCCAGCUACACAAUUCUUCAAAUUGGAAGAAGAAAUGAAAAAUAGUCACCUCCUGUUGUGUAAUUAAUUUGAUAGAGGAAGUCUAAUUGGGAAGCUUGACAGAGGUUGGGAAGAAGAAUAAUCUGAUUGUCUUUUUGAUGUGAGGGAGAAAUAUGUUUAUGUUGGUGAGAGGAAGAAGAGGGGAAAAGAAACGGGGAAGAGGAGGGUUAAAGUUGGGGGUUCAUUUGCAAUUAUCAAUAAGUUCAAAUUAUUUUAAUCAAUAUAAUAUAGUUUAUUAGCUAAUAAUUAUUUAUAAACAAAUCAAAUUAUUGUAACCGUUAGAUGUAUCUAACGGUUAAGAUUAAAAAAAAAGUGGGUGCGUUCAGUGCACCCAAAAAAGUGAGUGCACCGUGUUUGUUCAUCAUACCACAGAUGAUGAUUGACAUCGUUUUCACAUGAAUCGCCUGCUCAGAAUGACAAUUAUAAAGCGGGGUGCAUUGAAUGCACCCAAAAAAGUGAGUGCACUGAAGACAUAACCAUAUAUAUAUAUAUAUGGCGAGUUCUACGGUACCCUGGGUAAAAUCCGGGGUACCACAUACCUUGAGUAUGAAAACACUAUCUAGACCUUGAAUUGACCGAUCUUUCGGACAUGAUACUAUACUCUAACCCUUAAAGAUCAAAAUCUAGGUCUUAAUUCUCCUAAUAUUAUACUCCAAGAUCAAUUUAAUUAGAAACAAUAAUCGACGGUUAUGAUUCGUCCAAAUAUAGGCACAAAAAGGAAUGCACCAUCUUAGGGUUUAUAGAUUAUGAUUUAGAUAAUUAGGACCUAGGGUUCACUCAUUAAGGGUUAGGGUAUAGUAUCAGACCCAAAAAUCCUGCUAAUUCGAGGUCUAGAUACCGUUUCCAUACUCAAGGUAUGCGGUACCCCAGAUUUUACCUGGGGUACCGUAGAAGGCACCAUAUAUGUAUAUAAUUCCAGGCCGCAUAUAUAUUAACUUUCCCCCCGGUCCAUUAUCUCCAUCACAAUCUUCUUCGGUUCCAUUUUUCUGGACCGAGAGUAGAGGCUCUUCAGGGGACGCGAGGAAGUAAAUUGCAAAGCUCAAU